CGGGGCUGGGAGCUGGAAGGCGGCGGCGGCGGCGGUAGCGGCAGCGGCAGCCAGCGCCCGCGCUCGGACGCCCCCAGGCGGUGGGGCUGAGAGAGCCCGAAGAUGGCUCCGAGCGCUGACCUCGGCAUGUUCAGGAUGUUAUUGUUCCUGCUGCUGCUGCGGUUUCUGCCCCCCAUUGAGGGGUCCCAGCGUGCAGAACCCAUGUUCACUGCAGUCACCAGCUCGGUCCUGCCCCCUGACUAUGACAGCAACCCCACCCAGCUCAACUAUGGUGUGGCAGUCACCGAUGUGGACCAUGAUGGAGAUUUUGAGAUCGUUGUGGCAGGGUACAACGGCCCCAACCUGGUUCUGAAGUAUGACCGGGCCCAAAAGCGACUGGUGAACAUCGCAGUGGAUGAGCGCAGUUCCCCUUACUAUGCGCUGCGGGACCGGCAGGGGAAUGCUAUUGGGGUCACAGCCUGCGACAUUGACGGGGAUGGCCGUGAGGAGAUCUACUUCCUCAACACCAAUAAUGCCUUCUCAGGGGUGGCCACGUACACGGACAAGCUCUUCAAGUUUCGCAACAACCGGUGGGAAGACAUCCUCAGCGACGAGGUCAACGUGGCCCGUGGUGUGGCCAGCCUCUUUGCCGGGCGCUCCGUGGCCUGUGUGGACAGGACGGGCUCAGGACGCUACUCUAUCUAUAUCGCCAAUUAUGCCUACGGUAACGUGGGCCCUGAUGCCCUCAUUGAAAUGGACCCCGAGGCCAGUGACCUCUCCCAGGGCAUUCUGGCGCUCAGAGAUGUGGCUGCUGAGGCUGGGGUCAGCAAAUACACAGGGGGCCGGGGUGUCAGCGUGGGCCCCAUCCUCAGCAGCAGCGCCUCAGACAUCUUCUGUGACAACGAGAAUGGGCCCAACUUCCUCUUCCACAACCAGGGUGAUGGCACCUUUGUGGAUGCUGCUGCCAGUGCUGGUGUGGACGACCCCCACCAGCACGGACGAGGCGUUGCCCUGGCCGACUUCAACCGUGAUGGCAAAGUGGACAUCGUUUACGGCAACUGGAAUGGCCCCCACCGGCUCUACCUGCAGAUGAGCGCCCAUGGGAAGGUCCGAUUUCGGGACAUCGCCUCGCCCAAGUUCUCCAUGCCGUCUCCCGUGCGCACAGUCAUCGCUGCCGACUUUGACAAUGACCAGGAGCUGGAGAUCUUCUUCAACAACUUCGCCCACCGUAGCUCCUCAGCCAACCGCCUUUUCCGUGUCAUCCGCAGGGAACAUGGCGACCCUCUCAUCGAGGAGCUCAAUCCUGGUGAUGCCUUGGAGCCCGAGGGCCGGGGCACAGGGGGUGUGGUGACAGACUUCGAUGGAGACGGGAUGCUGGACCUCAUCUUGUCCCACGGGGAGUCCAUGGCUCAGCCACUGUCCGUCUUCCGGGGAAACCAGGGCUUCAACAACAACUGGCUGCGCGUGGUGCCUCGGACGCAGUUCGGGGCCUUCGCCAGAGGAGCUAAGGUCGUGCUCUACACCAAGAAAAGUGGGGCCCACCUGAGGAUUAUCGACGGGGGCUCAGGCUACCUGUGUGAGAUGGAGCCCGUGGCUCACUUUGGCUUAGGGAAGGACGAAGCCAGCAGUGUGGAGGUGACAUGGCCAGACGGCAAGAUGGCAAGCCGGAGCGUGGCCGGUGAGGAGAUGAACUCUGUGCUGGAGAUCCCCUACCCCCGCGGUGAGGACAGACUUCAGAACCCAGCCCCACUGGAGUGCGGCCAAGGAUUCUCCCAGCAGGAAAAUGGCCAUUGCAUGGACACCAACGAAUGCAUCCAGUUCCCGUUCGUGUGCCCUCGAGACAAGCCUGUGUGCGUCAACACGUAUGGAAGCUACAGGUGCCGGACCAACAGGAGGUGCAGUCGGGGCUACGAGCCCAACGAGGACGGCACGGCCUGUGUGGGGACUCUCGGCCAGUCACCGGGCCCCCGCCCCGCCGCCGCCGCCGCUGCUGCCGCUGCCGGAGCUGCUGCCGCUGCUGGAGCUGCCGCUGCUGCACCGGUCCUCGUAGAUGGAGAUCUCGAUCUGUGGCCGGCGUUAAGGAGGGAGCCCCUGCCAGCUGCGGAGAAGGGGCGGACGCACCGGCGGACGAAGGCCAGCUGGGGAGCGGACGCGAGGCCUGGGCCGCUAGAACCCAGCCCCUCCUCGCUCUUGCACGCGCUCGGCGCGUCCGCAGCGACCAGCAGGGCGAGCACUGCGCAGGCGCACAACCCGGAUCGGAAGCUUCCGUUCUAGUGGGUCUAAUUACCAAACACCCGGACUGGUGGUGUUACCGCAUGGGAAGUGGGAGGACCUCGGUGUCCCGAGUUCUAAUCCUGACUCGCUUUCUCUCGAGCUGUGUGACUUUAGACCGGUCAUUUAACUUGUUACCCAUCAAUGACCGCGAGUGUAAAAUGGUGGCAAUAAUAGAAUCUUGGGGUUGCUGGGGGACUGACUGAAAUAACGUUUGUAAAGUGCUAAGCACAAUGCCUGGCACUUAGUAAA